UGAGAAGUGGGGAAGUCAAAUCGGACGGAGCUCUCUCUCUCCAAGGAGACGAAGAAUCGGGAGAACAAUGGGCGGAGGAUCACCGAGGGAGUUCCGUGGGGAGGACGAGUUCCCCUCCAACCUAAUUCACAGCCUCGUCGCCGUCGGCAUAUGGCUCGGCGCCAUUCACUUCAACGUCGCUCUUCUUCUCUUCUCCAUCUUCUUCCUUUCUCCUCCUCUCUUCCUUCUGGUUUUGGCGCUUCUCCUCCUUUUCAUGUUCAUCCCCAUCGACGAGCGUAGCAAAUUCGGCCGCAUGGUCUCCAGGUACAUAUGCAAGCAUUCCUGUCUACGCUUCUCUCCAUCCUUCUUCUUAGAGGAAGUUUACCUAUUCAUGGAACCUAACCUACCUUGAUGGGAUACAGUGUUCGGUUACGAACCCCAUUCCGUACUCCCAGUUGGGGUUGUUGCGCUUGCGGAUCUCACCGGCUUCAUGCCCCUUCCCAAGAUCAAAGUUCUCGCAAGCACCGCUGUUUUCUACACACCCUUUUUGCGCCACAUCUGGACAUGGUUGGGUCUAGCUCCUGCUUCUAGGAGAAACUUUUCUUCCCUCUUGGAAACCGGUUAUAGUUGCAUCAUUGUGCCUGGUGGAGUCCAAGAGACCUUUCACAUGCAACACGGUGUUGAGACCGUCUUUCUUUCCUCGAGAAGAGGGUUUGUCCGAAUAGCCAUCCAACAGGGGCGACCUCUGGUUCCGGUUUUCUGUUUUGGCCAGUCACGUGUUUACAAGUGGUGGAAGCCCAGUGGGAAACUCUACCUUAAAUUUUCAAGAGCGAUCAAGUUUACCCCGAUCUGCUUUUGGGGAGUCUUUGGAUCUCCUUUACCAUAUCGGCAUCCUAUGCAUGUGGUGGUCGGCUCACCUAUAGAGGUUACAAAAAAUCCGCACCCAACUGAUGAAGAGGUUGCCAAAUUACAUGGUCAAUUUGUGGAAGCGCUCAAAGAUCUGUUCGAGGGGCACAAGGCCCGCGCUGGCUACCCAGAUCUUGAGUUGAAAAUUCUUUGAAUAAUUUGCUGUCACGGAAUCAAUCUAUAUCACUCAUGUAAUACCUUUUUGUUUUUGUUUUUUAUUUAUACUCCAAUGUAAUAGUAAUAUCCUCCUUUGAAUAUAAGUAUAAUUGGAUUAUUUAAGAAUCUUUACAAGUCA